AUGACGACCAAAGACGGUGUUUCGACCAUCCAUGGCAUCCCUACGAAAUACGUCUCCCUCCUCACUCUCGUCGUCCAAAACUCCUCCCUCGUCCUUGUUAUGCGAUAUUCCCGAAUCCUACCCGGUCCGAGAUACCUGAGCUCAACUGCGGUCGUGCUGUCCGAAGUCCUGAAAUGUCUAAUAUGCUUCUGCGUCCAUAUCAGCGAGCAGCGGCACCAGUACCGAUCCUCGCACCUCCCGACCCUCUCCAACGACGCACCUUCGCACCUGAAUCCCACCAGCUACGGUCUGAGGCAGCUGUGGGCUGACAUCUUCAGCGUCAAAAGUGGCUUCUUCAAGCUCCUCGUUCCGGCGAUCCUAUACACCCUCCAGAACAACUUGCAGUUUGUUGCGGCCACCAACUUGGACGCCGCCACGUUCCAGGUUACCUAUCAAUGCAAGAUCCUGACGACCGCCUUGUUUGCCGUGUUGAUGCUCGGCCAGAGCCUGUCGGCCCAGAAGUGGUUGUCCCUGGUCAUCCUCACGGCCGGAGUCGCCUGUGUGCAGAUACCUUCCUCGACUGCCCCGGCCAACCCCCAGCAGGGCAAUUAUGCGGUGGGGAUCAUUGCUGUCGCAAUUGCCUGCAUUUGCUCGGGAUUCGCCGGUGUCUAUUUCGAAAAAGUCCUGAAGAAUGGUCAGAGCUCGUCCAUCUGGGUCCGCAACAUCCAACUGAGCAUUGGCUGUCUGGCCAUCGCUCUCACCGGGGCUUUGGUAUGGGACGGCCAGGCAAUCCGCGAGAAUGGCUUUUUCCAGGGCUACAACUCCGUCGUCUUCGCGACCGUCUGCAUUCAGGCGGCGGGCGGCCUCAUCGUGGCCAUGGUCAUCAAGUACGCCGACAACAUCCUCAAGGGCUUCGCCACCUCCCUCUCCAUCAUCCUCUCGACCGUGGCCUCGAUCUUCAUCUUCAACUUUGUUCCCACGCUCUAUUUCCUGUUUGGUUCAAUCUUGGUGUUCUUGGCCACCUAUCUGUACAGCGUGCCGGAGGUCCCCAAGGCCAUUGAGAGCACAGCUACCGGCUCAGUCGAAAAGAACCCGAUCCUUGUGGUGGAGGAUUAUGACGUGGAAGGCCGAGUUAGCUCAAGGACCAUACAGAAGCCGUUUCGGGAUGACAGCGAUCCUGAGUCGGGCGACGAAGCGGGCCGGGAUAGCAUCAGCAUCUACGACCGGGACGACGGCAACUAUUCCCGGAAUUUCUCGCCCUCGUUGAUUCAGAAUUCGACCAUGGAAAAGCAGGUGCUUCCGGAAUUGGGUCAUGUGGCAUGA